GCACCAAGUGCUGUUAUCCUCCGGUGUGUAAACUGUGCUGCACAGCCGUGGUUUGUUUACUCCGUGGAUGGAAUCGUAGAAUCCAGUGUGUUGAUUGAAUGUUUUCCAGGAAGUGUAGUGAAUCUGCUUCUCGUAUACCCGGAAGUGCUGCGGCUGUAGUUCCCGGUGUUUUUCUUCUGUAGUUCCUGGUGAUGGAGGAGCAGGACGCUGCGGCAGGAGCACAGUGUGCGGAGGAGAAGGAGAAGGAGAAGGAGGAGGUGGAGGUGGAGGAGAUGGCUGAGGCAGAUGUGUCCGCUCCAGAAGAGGAGGAGGAAGACGAGGAGUCUCUUCCUCACCCAGAGAUCCUGGAUAUUUUCGAGGAAGGACUCGCUCAACUCGUGCAGGAUCCUUUACUGUGUGACCUGCCGAUCCAGGUGACUCUGGAGGAGAUCAAUUCUCAAAUAGCUUUGGAGUACGGCCAGGCGAUGACCGUGAGGGUUUUAAAGGCAGAUGGUGAAGUAAUGCCCAUCGUGGUGGUGCAAAAUGCUACAGUCCUUGAUCUGAAGAAUGCCAUACGCAGAUUCAUGGAGUUGAAACAACAACGUGAAGGUGGAGUGAAACAUGUCAGCUGGAGAUACGUCUGGAGAACAUUCCAUUUAGUGUUUCAGGGGGAGAAGCUUGACGAUGACAAGAUGAGGCUGAAAGACUACGGGAUCAGGAACAGAGAUGAAGUGACGUUCAUGAAGAGGCUGAGGAAGAAAUGAAAUGUCGCAACCAACAUUUGUCACAUCAGACGGAAAAAAACAGAAGUUCCUGCAGCGAGUACUGGUACUUCCACAAUGUUGAGAAAGUAUUUAUUUUAUUAUGGCUUGUUUAUAGAAGUGUUUAAGGUCGAGAAAUAUCUCUGUCAACUCCACAUAUCCAGAAACACACUUUACAAAGUGAGAUGUUUUCUUAAAGAGGCUUCAUGUAAAUAAAAUGUUUGUAGUUCUGAACGUUUGGCCUCAAUUUGCUAUGAAUUCUGUAUAAUGGUGUUCAAAUAAUAAAAGGUUUUUCUAUGGUA